CGUUUCUAAGGAAGUGACGUAAUCACGCCGGAAGAUCGCGAGGGAGUGGGUGUCGGUUGGAGUCGGUUGAUUUGCGCGAGAGGAUUUGAUUUUUUGGAGUUCGCCUCGCGAUGAUGGGCGACGUUAAUCGGCGACAAGAUCGGGCGAACCGUGAGAUGAAAAAUAUGGUUGCGGCCAACGUUUUCUAUUGUAAGAUCUGUGAUGUUCGUUGUACAUCCGAGAUGAAUCUUAAAAUGCAUUUCAUUGGGUUGAAACACAAAAAGAAUGAGGAAACCUUUAAAAAUGUUUCUGGAUCAAAAGGACACUACAAAAGCACAGAGGUCAAGACCUUUAACUCUGCUAAAAGAAAGGUCCCAACAAUUGAUUCACAACAUGUCUAUGGAUCAUCCCUUUUGGAACAACACUUAAGAGAUGCUGGUGUACAAGAUCCUUUAAUUGGACUGAACUAUGUGAUUGAAUAUCAGACUGAACGGUCACCAGAUCCAGCAUUCUUCUGUGAACUUUGCAAUUGUCGAGGAGGAUUUGCUUCCUUCAUGUCGCAUUUACUUGGCUAUAAACACAGACUGAAUUAUAUGGCAAAAGUAUAUCCAGAUGCACUACAACUUGAUGGAGCAAAACUAAAGCAGUCAGAAUUGAAUGCACUAGUUAAAGAAAAAGCAGAAUUCAUUGAAAAGAUCGACGGAAGGGGGAACGUCAAGGUUGUCCUGGAUGAUGUCCCAGUUGAACUUUCUGGAGGGAAUUCUGGAAGAAGAGUUUCAGAUAACUAUGGUCAGUUAGACUCCAGAUCUUCACGCCGUGAAAACUUUAGAAGUAGUUUUGGCCAGAAUAUGAAUGCUGCAAGUUCUAUUUCAUACGAGUCAAGAAUGGCACAAUCACAAGAUGGUCAGUCACGACGUGAGAACUUUGGAAGCAGUUUUGAUCAUAUUAAUAUGGAAAGUUCCAGUGCCUAUGACCCAAGAAGGCUACGAUCACAAGAUGGGCAACAGGGCAACUUCUCAAGAUAUGAGAACUUUGGAAGUAAUUUUGGUCAGCAUGUUAACAUGGGAAGUUCCAGUUCCUAUGAAUCAAGAAUGCCACAUUCUCAAGAUUACAGAUCAACUGGAGAGGUUAUGCAUGAUGACUGGAGAAAAAAUAUAAAAUCUGAAGAAACCUUUCAUAUGAGUUGGGGUGGAGACAACAUACGAGACUCUGGAGAUGAUUACAGGAGAGGAGAACAAAUGAGGAGUUAUCGUAACGAUUACACCAAAGGAUCCGAUGUUGAUGAUCGUUGGAUGCAAAACGAGUUUGAACCGUACAGAUCAGGUGAUUCCAAACCAACCUAUACAAAUGAGGAGCUUUUUGAAUAUUUGCAAAAUUUUCAAAUCACUAGCGACAGUGAUGCAAGUUUUGCCCUGAAGGUUACACAGAGUCUCACAGAUGGACUGAUGGAGUAUCGCCUCAAGACAAUGACUGGAUUAAACCAAGAUAAAAGGCCUCCAUUGGAUGAGGAAUUGAGACAACCCCCUGGCAUACCAGAUGAACGCUCGAGAUAUGAAUCUCGCAUGCCACGUCCAGCUAUGCCACGUCCAGCUUUGCAACGUCCAGCUAUGCCACGUCCAGCACCAGGAAACUCUCAGAGAUACACUGGUAGCUCAUCUAACUUCAGACCUAAAUAUAAAGUUGGUGGUGCCUGGAAGAAGGCAGUUGCAUUGCAGUCUAAAUCAAAUAACAAGAAACCAGGUUUUCAAUCAAAUCAAAGACAGUUUAAACCUGCAACUUUUAAUACUGGUCUGUCAAAAUCAAAACGUAGUGGUAUUUUGACCCCACACCUGCUCAAGGCCGUCCGUGGAAUGGAUAUUAGUAGAGCCACUAAGACUCUGGCUAAACUGUCAAAAACAAAUCCGGCAUUGAAAGGUGUAAAGGUCUCUGUCUUGGUUAAUGUGCUGGUAGAGGCUGGUGUGCUGAAGAAUGUUCAGACUUAAGGCCGCUAUCAAAUGGAGUUGGUGUUCACAAAAGAACAUCAGCAGGGCUAUUAUAAAGAUAUAGACUUUGCUGAUUGUGAACUUUUGAGCUUUAUUCAGACUGCUGUCUUAGAUGCUGACCACUGGUGAAACUUUGAAAUUCUGCAAUAAAUUGAGUAAAGACCUAGACUAGCUUGUAAGAAAUAAACUUGUUUUUUUUCAUAUUUUUGGGUAGGGAUGGUAAAGCAUUGUGGGAUGUCAGAUGUUUCAUUGCAACUUUUUUCUUAAUGUUGAGAUGUUUGUCUGCUAAUGAGCUUUGUUUGACUUGUUCUACAUGUGAUGUACACACCGUACAAUGGAACUUCAAAACUUUAGUACAUUUGUAACUUACAACCUUUGUACAUUUUGUGAAGUAUAGUGACAUCCAUUUGAGUAGCCCGUGUUGACGGUCAUGUUAUUAUUCUAGGUAUAUAAAUUUUAAAAAUACUCCAUUUGUCUUUCUAUAAACUCAUAAAAUUUCAAGUUCAAUGUUGAGGAAGUGUCAAGAGCAAUGUGUUACUGUGUUCUUGGACUUAAAUUAUCAUUUAAAUUUAGUGCUGUAAUUAUACAUUUUUCAGAAGAGUUCACCAAGCGUGUUUAGAGUUCUUCAUCCUUGUAACAUCCCAUUCUCUAUGCCUGCAGUUUACUUAUUCAUUUUAUUGGCUAAAGGUAGCUGAUGUAGAUACAUCUGAAAUUUACAAGUCAUUUAAUUGCAAGUGAUUUCAAAGAUUAUCAGAGUACUGGGAUUAAAGAAUUGAUGUAAUGCAGCUUCAGUAAACUCGGCAAAAUAUAAUAUAAAAUGUAUUUUAAAGUUGCUUUGCUUGUUAGCUUUUUAAAUAGCCUUGUCUAAACUAAGGUUAGAAUUUGUUCUGUUAUGUAACUUAGUAAAGCAACUGUUUUUGUCAUAAUCUCAUUCUUUUUGUGAUUGCAUGACAUGGCCAGGGGUCAGUGUCCUACACCACCCCUCCACUGUACUGAGAAUAAAGCUUUAUACAACUCC